CAUAAUAGUAAAAGCAGUAAGAAUCAUGAACAUGACCGGGCAAUGCAUUUUGGAACUUGUAUUCUUCAGAAAUCGAGGCUACUGAUUAAAAACAAAACGGUGAGUCUUCUGAGAACUUCAAUACCCAUCAACCCUCGCUCCAAGCACCGUGAGAGUGGCUCAGCAGUGCCUCCCUCAAUACCGCAAGGGAAAAAAAAAACAUCAUUUGUAGGGAGAAGAAAAAGCGCUAAAGAAGCUGCACAAUUGAAAGAAAAGAUUAGUGCAACGAACCAGUGGGAAGUACACUUGUAUGUCCUAGGAUUUGUCCUCUAACUGUGAUCAUUACCCAGCGGCUCAAACGGACUUCGUAAUUGGGACAACCUCGUAACCGAGUGCGAAUCGACGCUCCAGCGGGAGCCGCUUGACCAGAGCACGCUGGGAGCGGCACGGAGCCUUAUGUGCAAAUGCACAACGAGAGGAUGGCACUUUCUGGAGACUCACUGUCCUUAAAAAUGGAGGGAGCAGCCUCUGAGAGUCGAGUUGCCAUCAUGGUCCUCAUGUCAGCAAUUGAGUCUAUGUGCAAAGAGCUGGCCAAGUUAAAGGCAGAGGUGGCUUGCAUCACAAUUUUCAAUGGUGAGGUGUUUUCAGUUGGUACAGACCGUGGCCGUGCAUAUGCAGACUUGAGAAAAGAUUUUCAGAAUGAUUUUAUAAACUAUUGUUUGUCAGAAGAAGGUGCAUUAGAGCAGUCUGUUCCAACUCCAUCUACAGCUGAAACUUCUCCUCAUGAUGCAGACACACUCAAGAAGAUGGUGGAUGACUACUUUUGCAUAUGCUAUGGUAAAGCUUUAGGGAAGCCUGGCUUAGUUCCCGUGCCUUAUGAGAGAAUUGCAAAAGAUCCUCUAGCUGUUUCAGUUCAGGGCCUGCCAGAUGGUGUUCGCUUUAAAGACCCCAUUGGAUACGAUUAUAACACUCUGAGUCAGAUCUUCAAGAAUAAGUCCCGUAUCACCUUUGAGAUUAAAAGGCCAUUCUUGGAAACAAGGACACAGAAAGGAGAGCCAUCCAGGAAAACUCCAGACAAUGUGGAAGAUGUAAGCUCCCUAUUUAACAUUGAAACUGUGCAAGUGAAGGCAGAAGCUGAAGAAGAAGAGGAAGGUUCAAUGGAAAUAUCUUCAGUUACAAUAAAAGAAGAAACAGAAGAAUCAAACUUCAUCCAGUUCCCAAUAACAGAUUCAUUCCAAAGUACAUUUUGUGAAACUAGGAAGGAACCAGAAGUAGAAGUAACCUUAGAUGAGGAUGAGUACUCUCCACUAUCUAAGAAAGCCAGACUUGACAUAGAGCUCCCACCUGAGCCACCAACAAACAGCAAAAAGAAAUCCAGAGUGUUCAGCUUUGAUAAAUGGAACUCUAGAAUUACUGAUCUUAGAAAACAGGUGGAAGAGUUAUUUGAAAAGAAAUAUGCUGAGGCUAUUGAGGCAACAGGUCCGGUAUCUGUUCCAUAUCCUCUAUUCCAGUACAACAGUGAAGACCUUUAUGUUGAGGGACUACCACAUGGAAUUCCAUUUAGAAGACCAUCAACAUAUGGUAUUCCACGCCUUGAAAGGAUCCUGCAGUGUGAAAACAGAAUCCGUUUUGUCAUUAAGAGGAAGGAACUUCUAAAAUCUAUGAAAGAUGAGCAAGUUUCAAAGAAACCUUAUUCUGGAGUAAAAGAGGAAUGGUAUGUGAAAAUCAACAGAUUGAGAAAGUCAGUGGAUGACCUUUUCUGCAAAAAGUAUGGUGAAGCACUAGGCAAAACAGAUCCUCUUCCAGUGCCGUACCUGAAAUUCGAGGCCUAUCCACAAGACCUUUUUGUAGAGGGACUUCCAGAAAAUGUUCCAUUCCGGAGUCCAUCUUGGUACAGCAUAUCUCGCCUUGAAAGGAUUUUGCAGUUUGGGGACCGGAUUAAGUUUGUCGUCCUCAAACCAGAACUGUUAUCUCAAGAGCAAGCAGACAUCAUCCAGGUGUCUUCUGAUGUGAAAGAAGACUGGAAUGUAAGGAUUUCAAAGUUAAGGAAACAAGUGGAAGAGAUUUUUAACACCAAAUAUGCGGAAUCCUUAGGCUUACCAGAGCCAGUCAAGGUGCCAUAUCCCAUGUUUGAGUCCAAUCCUGAUUUUUUAUAUGUGGAGGGUUUGCCUGAUGGUAUUCCUUUUCGAAGUCCCACCUGGUUUGGAAUCCCUAGACUUGAGAGAAUUGUUAGAGGCAGCUCCAAGAUCAAGUUUGUGGUGAAAAGGCCUGAACUGGUUAUUCCAUAUUUGCCUCCUGGUUUAUCAGAUAAAAUCAGUGUAGAGAGUGUCAGUUGUAAUGAACCAUCUGUUGAUCAAGCUAAUGGCUCCAGUUCAUCACUCAGGCUCCAGCGACGUAAAUUCUCUUUUGAGGCAUGGAAUGCCAAAAUAACAGAUCUGAAGCAGAAAGUUGAAAGUCUGUUUAGUCGGAAGUGUGCAGAGGCAAUGAACUUGGCAGAACCAGUUCCAGUUCCCUAUCUCCUCUUUGAGACCUGUCCAGAAGAUUUUUGUGUACAGGGUCUUCCAGAAGGAAUCCCUUUUAGGCGCCCUUCAACCUUUGGCAUCCCUCGCUUAGAAAAAAUACUUCGAAAUCAAGAUGAGAUAAAAUUCAUCAUCAAAAAGCCUGAUAUUUUUGAAACAGCAGUCAAGGAAGAGGAAUUAAACCUUAUCAGAAGUUCACCAAAUAUUAGCACUGCCUGGACGAUGGAGGACCUAAAUGUUAUUCAAGUAGCUGUCUCUGAUGAUGAAAGCAAGGUGCCAAAAAAACUAGAAAAAACUCGCCAGUUAAGGGAACAAGUGAAUGAUCUCUUCAGCAGCAAGUUUGGAGAAGCAGUAGGAGCAACCUUUCCAGUAAAAGUACCGUAUAGGAAGAUCACAAGUAACCCUGGCUGUGUAGUAGUAGAUGGUAUGCCACCUGGCGUAGAAUUCAAGGCACCAAGCUACCUGGAUAUCAGUUCUAUGAUAAAGAUUUUGGAUUCAGCUGAUUUCAUCAGAUUCACAGUCUUAAGGCCUUUCCCCGGACUCCCAUUUAGUAAUUUAAUAGAUGGAGCAGAACAGAGUGCAAUGGAUCUGACGUACAGGCCAGACUUUUCUGAUUCUCAGGUUGAUGAGAAAUUGGAGUCUGGGGUAUCCUGGUUAAACAACUAGGUAAAGAAAAUAUACCCAAAUUGUAAAGAAUGAUUAACAGAAGGAGACAUCAGACUGGGAACGAGAAUCUUGGGGCAACUCCAGGAGCAUUUUUUUCACUUUCAUAUAAAAUUUACACAUAAGUAAAAACUGGAACUUAACCCGAUAAAUUGUAAAGCGGAGAAAAGUGCACAAGUUAUGUGGCAUUUUACAUAUAAGACCAUGAAGAUGGCCAAAAAGAUCUAUUGGUACCCAUUAAAACAAAUGAUCCAUUUACUAAGCCUCAAAACUCAUUGUGGCGAUGGUUUUAACUUUAGUAGCCUACAAUAUGUCUAUAGUUAGAUUGUUUUUUUUUUUUCAGUUUCUUAUACUUAUGUGUUCCACAAAGACAACAUAUUUCACAGUGACAGAAAGUAAUCGAGACACCUAGACUAAGGCAAUAGUCUUUUUCACUUUGCCAAAAAAAAUCUACUUGAAUACCGUAGCUUGGUACACAGGUAAUAUGUUGUAUGAUGUUUGUUUCAAGGGCUUACCUUAAUUGUUACAGUGUAUUACUAAAUAAACAGAAACCCCUAAAUGCGAUUUCUGUAUCAUUUCUGUAAUGCCUCCAUGAGGAUUAAAAUUACAAAAAACUUGCUAGUAAGACUAUUUUGUAUGUUUAUUGGUCUGUGCUUCCUUGUUUGGGAUGAAUUACAUGUCUAACUGAUUUGGGCACAUCAUUUUAAGUGUAAAUCAAUGAAGAAAUGUGAUUAUGUGUGACUUGGCUCUAUACUCAGAUGUUUUGUCAUUGUAAAAUAUAGAGAUCAUCACCCCAAAUCGUGUAAUUGCCACAAGCCUGUAUUAGUUUAUUGUAAUGAGAUUAUAUUCUUAUAAAGGGUCUGUGUUGUCUUU